GCUAAAAAUACCACCAAGUAAUGAAAAUAUGAGAAGCUUGAGAAGCUCGCUUUCAUUUUCCAUGGCCAAAAAACACCAAGAGCCGCUCAGUAAGCCUUGUUGUUGAGGCCAUCUCCCCAUGCCAUGAUCAUCAUCCAUUAUUUAGAAAACAAAGAUUGACUACUUUCUUUCCUCUUCGCGCUUCAAGAAAGAUAUGGUCCAGUACACCCUCCGGCGAAGAGUUCACCGUCGCGUUUUGGUUCUCCGCCGUUGCAUUCGACACGUCAUGGAUAGGAUUAUUACUUGCUGUUUAGGAAAGCCGGUUCACUACCGGAUGCUGCCGAUUUCGGUUAUGACUCCUCCUUCCGGCUCUAUCGCCAGCCCUGACUCCGCUGUCAAGGCCGUCCGGCAUCAGAAGUCGUCGGCUGCUACGAGUGGUCGGGAAAGCGUAGACUCCAACUUGGUCUCAUUGAAGAUUAGUCUGUUAGGGGAUAGCCAAAUCGGAAAGACGAGCUUUUUGGUAAAGUACGUGGGAGGUGAUGAGAAAGAAGGAGAGCCACAGACUACAGGGUUGAAUUUCAUGGAUAAAACUCUAAUCGUCAGAGAUGCUCGGAUUUCGUAUAGUAUUUGGGAAGUUGGAGGUGAUAAGAAAUCCCAGGACAAUAUGCAGGUUGCUUGCAUGGAUUCCGUAGCAAUUUUGUUCAUGUUCGACUUGACAAGUCGUUGUACGUUAAAUAGUAUUCCAACAUGGUAUCACCGAGCCAGAAAAUGGAAUCAGGUAAUUUUCUAUGCACUGUAUUUUCUUUUACUAAAAAACAAGACGGCAAUCCCAAUAUUGAUAGGAACAAAGUUCGAUGACUUCAUCCAGCUCCCAUUAGAUUUGCAAUGGGCAAUCGCGAGUCAGGCAAGAGCUUAUGCAAAGGCAUUCAACGCAACACUUUUCUUUUCCAGUGCAACCUACAACAUAAAUGUGAACAAGAUCUUCAAAUUCAUCACAGCCAAGCUCUUUGACUUACCGUGGACCGUCGAGCGGAAUCUGACCAUUGGAGAGCCCAUUAUUGAUUUCUAGUCCUCAUACUUUUUGUAGAUAGUAGGUUCUCUCUAACCACAGAAAUUGUAAGCGGUAGACGGGUUCCUGGAUUGUCAUAGUUCUUCAGUUCAAUGACAGUUUGGGUUGUUUCCUUUUGAUGAUUUUGGAGAAAGGCAGAGGCGGAAAGCCCACAUCUCCAUAUACAAAUAAAGUCAAUUGUAGAGAGUUCAAAAACAAGAAAUCAAACAACAACAAAAACAUUGGUUUGCCUACAAUGCAGUUCAUAUCUCAUCAUCAUGCACAUCAAAGUAUAGCAAGUUGAUUAUGCAUCUACAUUUCAUAAAAGGAGCAUGAAGAUCCUAAUAGAAUAGCUGACAAAGCUAUUGAAUGGCUUCAAUGGAGAUUUGCUUCCGGAGCAGAAAAAAGCAAUUACGGUACACAUAAGAACAAAGACAUUAGAGUUGAAUUGUGUAGUAGAUGGUGCGGACAGAAUUCAAAAAAGCUGUUGAGUUCAACAGUAUGUAUUAAAGCAAAGAAGCUGUGAUCUUGAGCACAAUCCAAUCAUAUUAUUUAGGCAAAUGUAACAAGUUUGGAAUUUUUUAGACAAAAAAAAAAAAACUAAACAA